GGGCAAGGACAUCCCAUAGGCAGAUCUUUCACUUCCCCCAGCUCAAGUAGGAGAUUAACAUAAGUUCUGCCUUCCUGCCAUCGUAAUAGUUUGUUGAGUUUAGUUCAAUGCAUAGCGGGGUUCCAACACUGAUAAGUCGGCACAGGCUAACAGGUACCUCGGCUCAAACGAGGCUGCAGGAGAAGUUGUUCGGGAUUCUCACCAUUUCUCUAGACUUUCUCUAUACCUCUAUAUUCUUAUAUCCUUGAUCUUAUUCAGCUUAUUCAGUCUCAUCGCGGCCUAUAUGUGCAUACAUAAUUAACCGUUGGAAUUUCACACCGCCGCAUCUUUCUUCCAGUCCCUUAACUUUCACCACAAUGGACCACUCUGCGAUACCUAACGCCGAGACGCCCUUUGCGGACCUGAUGGCGUUGGAGAAGGUCCUAGGGAAGGAUCACACAUAUAUGUCCAAGACGCCAGCAUGGGCGCCCGGUGGCUCCUGGAACUCCUUCGGCGGACACGUCUACGCGCAGGCUUUGUGGGCCGCGGCGCAAGAGGUGCCUGAAGGCUUGGUAGCUCACAGCACACACGGCUACUUCACGCUACCAGGCAAAAUUGACCGCCCUUACGUCUUCACAAUCACUCACUUCGGCGACACGCGCUACACAUGUCAACGUUCUGUCUUUGUGAGGCAGCCCCGGCGCCGCUCAAGGAGAGACGAAGAAGAACAAUUCGCCAUCACUGAUGCAGAUGGCGAGAUGGGCGACGUGUGCUUCCACAUGAUCUGCUCCUUCAAGAUCGCCACGCCCACGCUCUCCGCGCACCAAGAGCCGAACUGGGGACAGCAGUACACAGCGUCGCUCGGCGGGAAACGCCCAGAGGACUGGGAUAUCUGUCCCGAUAUCGAUAUGCCGUGGUAUGAGGCGCAUAUCCGGAAAUUCCCUGAGCACAAGACGUUCCCUGGCUUGGAGAUCCGCAAGGCGGAUUGCGAGCCGUAUAAUAAGGGAAAGCCGCCGGGGGACUACAGGCAGUUGCACUAUUACCGGAGGGUGGGGGAGAUGUCGAGGGCGCAGCCGAAUCUGCAUGCUGCGGCGCAUUUGUACGCCAGCGAUCGAAAUGGUCUGUUUUUGAUAGCUAGGGCUAUGGGCUUCGGGGAUCGGUUGGCGAAGAUUGCUAGUUUAGGGCAUAGCGUAAUUUUUCAUACAGAUGCUGAUGAGAUGCUGCUGGAGGGGGAUGGGUGGUGGACACAGGAGGCGUGGACGACGAGGAGUGCGGGUGGGAGGGGGUCACACGAGAGUAAGCUGUGGAGUCCUAGUGGAGUCCAUGUGGCAACGACACUUCAAGAUGGGUUGGUGAAGAAGGCGGAGCCAGGGACGUUGGCGAUGUUUGAGGGGUUUGGGGAGGCAUUUGCUAGUGGGGAUGCGGAGGAUGGGGAGACGGAAAUGUCUGCGGAUAGAGCACAGGUGAAAGAGACCGCGAAGUUAUAGGGCGAAUUACGGCCGAGAUGUAACAUACAUGAGGACUGUGGAGGCAAUAUUGUUGCACCUAGAAAAAGCAUUCACACCAUGGCAUUGCCGCCGAGUAUUUAAAGCACAUUAUACCAUAAACAUAGA